AUGGCGAUGGAGGAUUCGAAGAAACGCAAAGCGGAAGGAAAGGAUGGCAACGGCGAGUCAGGCUCCGGUCGUCACCACACCAGGUUCGAGGACCCGCCCGCGGCGCUCACGGCGCAUCAGGCGCGCAUGCUCGUGGACGUCAUGAAGGACGGCGACGUUCGCGAAGCGCUCGUGAGCGCGGCGAUGUCGCACAGCGCCGUCGCCGACGCGAUCAUGGAGAUCGUGGGUCGCGACUCGCAGCAGCGCCGAAUCUUCGUGCGCGGACUCGACUUCAACACCACCAACGAGACGCUUCGCCGAAUCUUCGUGUCCUUCGGCGACGUGGAGGACCUUCAGAUCAUCAAGGAGAAGGGGACGGGUCGCUCGCGCGGCUUCGGCUUCGUCACCUACCGCUCGCUGCGCGGCGCCAUUCGCGCCUUGGAGGAGCCCUCUAAGCUCGUCGACGGACGAAUGGUCGUGUGCCAGCUGGCGACGCUCGGCCCGGGCGGCGGCUCGGCGAGUGCUGACGUGGCGGCGCGGAAGAUUUUCGUCGGGAACGUCCACGUGGAGCUGUCUUCAGAGCAGCUGCUGUCGUUCUUCUCGCAGUACGGAGAUAUCGAGGAGGGGCCGAUCGGAUUUGAUAAGAGCACGAGGAAGAGUCGCGGGUACGCGAUCUUCGUUUUUAAGACCGCGGAAGGUGCGCAGAAUGUUCUGCAGGAGCCGAAUAAGAUCAUUCACGGGCAUCAGGUGUUUUGCAAGCUCGCCGGCGAAAACAGAGGCAAGCAGCAGCUGCAGCAGCAGCAACAGCAGCAGCCGGGGCUAAUGAUGCUACCAGGGGUGGCGGAGGCGGAGCAGCAGCAGGGGUAUCCGCAGAUGGUGUUUUAUGGGGGGGACGCGCAAGCCGCCGCUUACGCCGCCGCGUUCGCGCAGCAGGCGCAGGCGCAGCAGUUCCAGGCGGUUCCGCAGCAGCAGCAGGUGUAUCAGGUGGCGGACGUGUACGCGCAGCAGGCGCAGGCUCAGGCGCAAGCGCAAGCACAGGCCCAGGCACAGGUGCAGGCGCAGGCGCAGGCACAGGCGCAGGCGCAGGGACAAGUUCCGCUGCAAGCGCAGUACUACCAGCAAGCGCCCGCCGCCGCCGCGUACCAGCAGCAGGUAGCUGGUUACCAGCAGCAAGCCGCAGCUGGCUACCAACAACAGGCCCCGGCUGGUUACCAGCAGCCCGCAGGUGGUUACCAGCAGGUCGCAGCUGGUUACCAACAGCAGCCUGUGUACGUAGCCCCUGCUGUUGCCGCCCCAACUCUCGCAGCCCCCCCCGCCGCCCCACAAGCGGCGCAGUUGCAGCCUGCGCCUGCUGCGCCCUCCCCCCAGGGUUACCCCGCGCAAGCGGCGCCCGCGCAGGGCUACUAUGCGGCCCAGGGGGCAGUGCCUGCGCAGGGCGGAUACGUGCAAGCGGGUGUUGCGCCGCAAGGGGGGAUGCUGCUCUGUAGGCUGGUGGGAGCGAUUGCAGCAUCUGGGAGGGGUGAUAGCUUUUGGUUGUUGAUGGCUGCUUGUGUCUACGCUAGCCCGUCUGUUUCUCUCUACCAUUUGCUGCUUCCGUCUGCUGCUGCCAAGUUCACGGAGGUUUGUGUUGGCUUGCCACACGUUUACACCUCCUCCUGA